CAAAAAAGCAUUGACCAGUGGGCAACAACAGCGAUUGGUGGAACAUUCACAAGCUGACGGGUAAACAGGAAUUAAUUACAAAUUCCAAAACCCAAUACCUAUUUCGGAACCUUACAUAGUUAAAGCAUCCAUUGGGUUUUUCCGCGUUUAGUUCUGACAUCGUUAAAGCAAAAAAAUGUUGCUCGAAUAAUGUUUAUGAGUUUACAUUUAGUCACGAUUGUGUUGCAGAGUUUGUAUGCGAUUAUAAACGUAGUUCGGUGUACCUGAAGUCAGAUUCAUCCCGAGCGUGCUACAGAUCGAACAGAGUGAAUUGUUGCUUCAAAAGUCGUCACGGUCAACUUUACCACAAUUCGAAACCGGCAUGAGAUCGAAGUAGGACAGCAAGAAAAGAUUCGUCCUCAAGUUUAAGUUUGUAAACAAUUGUACCUAUACAUGACUGAAUUCUACCGCGCUAAGUUCUCGUAGAUAGAUAGUUUAACAUGCAGUUCCACAUAUUCGUGCCCAUCGGAAUAGUGCUGUCUAUCGCAGCCCCAGUAUUUCUACAAGAAAAAUUUAAUAUCGCUGAAUCAAUCAACCAGUUUUCGCUUGAACUACUAGCGGCAGUAAAUAAAGAAGGCGGUGAAAAUUUAAAUGUGGCUCUUUCGCCACUCACUGUAUGGACGCUCUUUACGGUGAUAUCAGAAGGAUCAUUGGAUGCCACUGCUGAACAGAUUGAUCGGGUUUUAGGGCAGCCUCUAAAUAAGAACAUCGUGAGAGACGCAUACCAAAGACUGAGCGGAAUACUGUUGCAGACCAAAUCAGCAGAGACCCAAUUGGAGACUUCCACUGGUCUGUUCACCAGGUCAGAGUUUCCGGUCAAGGAAAAAUUCGAACAGGUGGUUAAGCAGUAUUAUGAUGCUGUUGUAUCACCUGUAGAUUUUAAAAACAGUGCUGCAUCUGCAGAUAUUAUCAACAAAUAUGUAGAACAGGCUACGAAGAACCGAAUACCACUGUUGGUGAAUCCCGCCGAUGUAGAGAAUGCCUAUCUCUUUAUCACCACCACAAUGUACUUCAGAGGCGAAUGGCAGACUCCUUUCAACCGAAGUGCCACUAAACGGGACGCCUUUUACGAUGAAAAAAGGAACAAAAUCGGAGAGGUUCAAAUGAUGUACCAAGCACAUCCUUUCGCCUAUUACCGCAAUGAAAAAAUCAAAGCUGAUGCGAUUGAACUACCUUAUGGCUUUGACGACACUUUUUCCAUGCUGGUGUUGGUACCGCGGGGCUUUCAAACCCUCACAAAUAUGCUAAACGCGCUAACCAAAGAACCGAUGACUGAAAUUUUAGCCGAACUGAAAAUGAAACACCAAAUGUUUUCUGAUGAUGACACCCAUGUGUAUUUGCCGAAAUUUAAGCUCGCAUCCGACUUCAAUUUGGACGGGGUUUUAGAAAAAAUGGGAAUUCGAGAUGUGUUUAACCCACAAAAAGCAAAUCUUUUAGGAAUGUAUUCACACUACUUGUAUAUAUCUCGAGUUAUUCAAAAGGCUGAAAUUGAGGUGGAUGAAGAAGGAACUGUCGCAUCUGCUGCAGCAGGUUCAACCUUUUUGAAUAGAACACCACCACCCGUUGUUAAAGCAAACCGACCUUUCGCCUUUUUCAUCGUGCAUAAACAAAGUGGAAGUAUUAUUUUUGCUGGUAAAAUCAGCAAUCCAAAUGCCUUAUCUAAGUAGCAGAGCCCACUCCAAUAUAUUUAUAUACACUAAGUUAUUAAAUAGAAAAUGUGUUUAAA